AUGACAAUAAGCAUCAAGGAGUUGACGAAUCAUUCAUAUAUUGAUCAUGAACUAUCUGCUAAUUUAGACUCUACCGAGGCUUUUGAAGGACCAGAAAAGCUGUUGGAAAUAUGGUUUUAUCCUAACGUUCAAACCAUUCCUCGCAUAAAUGGUCAGAAAUUAACCUUGCGUAACAUUGAGGUGGAUAAAUGGGUUGAGAUAUUGAAACUCGUGAAAUGCGAGGUCUUAUCAAUCAAAUCGACUGGAAAAUUGGACGCCUUUUUGUUGAGUGAAUCAUCAUUAUUUGUCUACGACCAUAAAAUUACUUUAAAAACAUGUGGUACAACCACAACACUAUUCUGUUUAGAAAGGUUGUUUGACAUUGUGAAAGAUGAGCUUAAAUGGGACUUGCUCAAUCAUACAUCUGAUGAGGGGAAAUACCAUCCAUACAAGGUAUUCUAUUCAAGACGAUGCUUCAUGUUUCCCUUGAAACAACGCAGCAUUCAUAAGAACUGGUCGAAUGAGAUUGAAUAUCUCAAUAACUUUUUCCGUCAAGGCAGAAGUUAUUUAGUGGGAAGAAAUGAUCAAAGUAAUCAUUGGAACCUAUAUGUUACAGAGACGAACAAGGAAAUGGCAAAGGACUCAGAGGUUAACCCAGAUGAUGAUCAGGAUGAAACAUUGGAAAUACUGAUGACUGGCUUGGACAAUAAUAAAGCUCAACAAUUCAUCUGUUCCCGGAAUGUGAAAGAUGAUCUCGGGGCAGAUGAAGGCCACGCAUAUGGCUAUAAAAUCACCAAGAAUACACAACUAGACUGCGUUUAUCAAAACCGCAUGGGAUCUUCAUUCCAUCAUGAUGCUUUUGCAUUUACACCGUGCGGCUAUUCAUCAAAUAUGAUCAUUGAUGAAGAAUAUUACUAUACUUUACACGUAACACCCGAAAAGGGGUGGUCGUAUGCAUCUUUCGAGAGUAAUGUGCCAGUGAGCACAGUUUCUCUGCACAAACAAGAUAAUUUGCAGGUCAUGAACAGUGUUCUAAAUGCUUUUCAACCGCAAGAUUUUUGUCUCACCUUCUUUGCUAAGGAUAUGUCAAAUCAAUCUUUUACUAAACUCAUGCAAAUCGUUUCCCAAGUUUCAAACUACACAAAGAAAGACAGGAUAAUCUACGAUCUCGAUGAUUAUCAAUUACUAUACAUGAGAUUUGAACGCAUAGUUAGCUGA